AUGUUCGCCUCAUCUGUCUUCUCAUCUCUCGGUACCCGAGCAGUAUCGUCAGGACGCUGCGAUACUGUUGCAUCCUCUGCCCCGUUCUCGAAGACUUCCGGCUCUGAGAGCGAAGCGGAGAAUCAGGAUGCCAUGGGGAGCAGUGAUGCGUAUCAUGUACCGGAAGCGGCUUCUACUGAACGGGUUUGUAGACGCUCCGUUCUAUUUUCUAUUGUAAUUCUUGUUUCGUGGUCAUUUGGGUCUGCGUCACUAUACGGAGUAGCUUGCUGACUUUUCAGACAGCUUGCUCAUCGAUAGUUUCUAUCACGUUUUCUCCCUCAAAUGACGAUUUGAAUGGGCACUUUGUCAACUGUAGAAUAUCUCCUUGUAGACUUUAAAAGCCCAGCGUGAUUUAGGAGAUUAGUAGAACCAUGUUAACGUGCUAGAGAGUGUCUGAUUGCAUGAGAAGGGUGUUGUGAAUAAAGCUGUGUCAGAGUCCGAGCGAAGAAAACUAAGGAUAUAUCGAGAAAGGUUAUUUGCUGAAUGAAUAAAUGAAAAUUAACGAUAUGCUCAAUUCUGCUCCUCAGAUAUGACUCUUCAGUACCCCAGGAAUUUUCUAUUGAGAUAUAUGUUGUUUGAAGUCUAAAUAUUUUUGACACCACGCAAAAUUGUGGUGAGCAGAUGCAACUGUGGUGGACUAUUCGUUGUGAUGUUGAAUCAGGUUUUAGUUUCACUCCAUUUGUGUUUAUGCAUUGAGCUAAAGAUGCACGAUAUAAUUUUUUAGUUAUUGAUGCCCCAUGGAUUAUUUCACUAUGAAAACGGACCUUUAUGCAUCAGAUCUCUUUGAGAUACUUGGAAAACGUGCAGCUCAGCAUCCGAGACUAUGAGGGGUUAGCUCAUUAAAAAACUCUGUAUCUGGGUUGUGCUCUUUUGUUUCCCAUCCCUGCAACUACUCAUCAUCAAGUAAUCCACUAGUCUUCGAUUAUGAAAAAUCACAUUCCAUUAUGUAAUCUUGACUUGAAUCAAAAAGUCUGAACUUCCUCUAUUCACAUCUGUUAUACCCAAUGGAGGGUAAAAUUUGAUCCUUUUUUGGGUAGGACAAAGGUCAGGGGGUGAGUUUAGUUCACUCUAUUUUUUCCUGUCUGUAGUUCAUUCUGUUAAAUUUGUGUUAGUUUGUUUUCAUUAAAAAUGUAGUGUUUUAUGCUUGGAUUUGCGUACUGCUCAUUAAUAUGCUGGUUUAAGAUAUGUAACUUCAAAUCCUGCUCACCCAAUCUAUCUAUUAUCAUGCCAUAAUUUUCUUGCUUAUUUCUUUUUAGUUGAUCAUGUUAUUUUCUUUGAAAUAUUUCUCGUAAUAUGAUGCUUGACUAUUGACAGAAGCAGCUACUUUCUCACUUAACGACCAUACAUUCUUUCUCAGGGUUGUCUAACACCUGGCUUAUAUCUUGUGGCAACGCCCAUUGGCAACCUUGAAGACAUCACACUACGGUAUGCUUUUUACAUUACAUGUCUUUUCGUUGUUGCCAAAAUGCAUGCAUGCCUAUUACGUGAAGUUUAGAUUCACAAUAUUCAUUACAUUAUUUUUCGUGCAUAGUGCCCAAGGAUCCGAUAUUAAUUGAAAAUGUUGGGAACUUAGAAUAGUCAAACAUUUGUCGAAGCAGAAUGAGUAUGAUAUGGCUGGAAAAUCUGGCAUGCCUCUUGAGAAGGAAUCUUCACCUGAGAUAUGUUCAUUGGCAAAAGGAUUAAACAGCCGUAUGGCUUGGCAGAGAUAGCGCCCAUGUUGGAAACAGUAGAGAGCAUUAACGCUUUCGUUUAUCUUCUAUGAACUCAUGUUUGGAUGAAUGAAUAAUCAGGUUUCAGCCUUCUUUUUUUAUAUAGCACCUGUCAAUGAUCAUGACUGGAGCUCCAGAUCCUUUAAAAAAUAUACCUAGGAAACCUCAACUUGUGCUUAAAAGAUUCUGGAUGAAUUUCCUCUCGUAAUAGAACAGUGCAGCUCUUCCAGUUAUUCCUUUCCAGUGCAUAAUGGCCGUGAAUUAGGAACUUUGAAUUGGCAAAGUACUUCAUGCCAUGGUGAGAAAGGAAAUCUGAGUAAAACUUUCAUGAGAACUGGUAUAGAUGAUACUAAGAUGGAAAUUGUGCAAACUCAGUACUUGAGGUUAUCUUAGAAAAACGGGAAAGAUAUCAAGAUAAGCGUGUUUUGUUCAUAUGUCUUACCAUUCUGAUCAUGACUCAAGUGCACUCUAAGUUUGUAUGAGGAUUGGUUCCUUGGAUGAUGUACUGAUAGCUGAUUUUAUUGUAUACAUAACUGGGUCAAGCCUGUGUUUUCUGUCCGAUAUGAACCGAAACUUAAGACGAUGGAUCAGUCUCAUUAGUCCAAUUAUGUAGUUUCCUUGUGCAAAUUAGUUGGAGGGGACUGUCCCUGUAGGGGUGGGGAGGGGUGGGGUGGGGUGGGGAAUACGUGGUGACACUGAUAUGGUUUUUCAUUGUUGACAUGACAUAGAUUUCUUCAUUACUAGAGGAGAUUUCCUUAUCUCUGCACCAGGCAUCUUUGCCACUGCUGCUUACCUGACGAGAAGGCAUGACAGAAAGCUACAAGGAUCCUGGAAUGCUUGGAAGGUCAAGCAUUCGAGUGAUGGCACUGCCCAAGGUAGUUUUCUUAAGGAAAUAUCCUUUGGCGAUGCACAAUGGAAAGGGAUCGUAAAGUUUCCGGCCCAGUGAGUAUCUAAUUGCCUUCUCUUGGAUCAGAUGAAUGCAUUUGAUGUUUAGACUGUGGAUAUUAAGUAAGGGGUUACAGAAACUUGUUAAACGUAAUAUGUGUGGAGGGUUGGUCAAGGGGAGCUGUAGUCUAACAGGCACCGGUCUGUUUCAGGAAGGAAAAAGAUACAGGUUCAUUGCAACAGCUGUGGGAAGGGGAAAAAAAAGGUACUGAUCAAGGUCAAGGGUAUUUCUUCAUUGAGGAAAUCUUUUGAUGCUAAUGUGGAAUGCCGGUGUGAAUCAGGUUGCCCUUCGUUCUAGAAAUCAGUUUCAUUAGGGAAAAAUAUCUAUCUGUGUGGUUUAUGGACAUUGAUGAUAUACAUGAGAACGAUCUGAAGUUAUUUCUGUCGAGCUAUUUCUGAAAAUUGUUGAGAAAGGAGAUACAGUGUAUACUGUUGAGAAUGAAGAAUACUCUUACUCCCUAUGGUUUCCUCUUAUUUCGGUUUCCUUGCCUUACGGAUAUUUUGAUAUCUUGUAUGGGUUUUUUUGCUUUUCCUUUUCUACUGGUCAGGUAAUUUGUGUGGUUUUUUGUUAUCUUAUUUCGGUUUCCUUGCCUUCUCUAAUAAAAUGCAGAGCAUUGCGUGUCCUAAAAUCUGUGGAUGUGAUUCUUGCUGAGGACACUAGGCAUUCUAGAAAGCUGCUUCAACAUUUCUGUAUUAAUACUCCACUUGUGAGUUUUAGUUUGUAGUUUUCUAGUCAUUUGGUGUCUUAAUUCGAUUCUCUCCCAAGUUUAAUUGCUUAACAGUAUCUAAACAAUUUAGUGCAUAUUCUUCAUGAUUUUGAGAUUUAGAUUUUCAGCUCAGCUUCCACAAAUUUAAUGAAACUCAGCGGGAAACGAAGAUCCUAGCAAGGUUGCGUCAAGGUCAUCUUGUUGCCAUGAUCAGUGAUGCUGGAACGCCAGGCAUAAGUGAUCCAGGCAUGGAAUUGGUAAGCACAUUGCCUUCUACACGUUUUACCUUUGCUCCAUUGAAAAUCUGGUGGUGUAAAGUUUCCUGGAAAACAUAUUAGCGGCUAAUCUUGGUAAAUAUCAUUUAGUUUAGGUUCUUUGGGAAUCUAAAGUUCCUUGUUUUUUAUUUUUGUGGUUGCCUUACGUAGUUAGAGGUUUCUCUAGGAGGAAAAGAGAGCAUCUUUUUUAUAUUAUGUUUGUUCCAACGCUGGCCUGCUUUAAAAUUUGACGUGACUGAUGCUAAUGCCUAUAUUUGAAGAACAGAAUGAAGUGUAUCCUUGAAUCUGUUUUCUGGAUCGGAGUCUUAUUUUUCCUAAUGGCCCUCUUCAGCAGAGAACCGUGCAAAGGGCGAGAACUUUAUUAUGCAACAAUGAAAUGCCCUUAACUUUAUGAUCUUCACCUAGUAUACGAACUCUCAAGGAAAAUGCCACAGGUGACCACCCUACCUCUGAAGAGGACGACAGUUCUGGAGGGUGUGAAGGGUAGAAAUCACCUACUGUAGGCAGAAGAAUGAAAAGUGCGUCAGUCCCGUGGAUCACUAUUCUCAACUGAUUAUGACACCAGACCUACUUCUCCUACUGUGUUUGUGUGUCAUAAUUUAACCUUGGUCCUCAUGUUUCUGUUAGGAAAGAAAUAUUGGGAUGCACAAGGCAUGCCAUCAAAAUAUGUUCUCUAUUCUCACUUCUUUUUUUUUUCGUACUAUUUUUUUCAGUUUACUCUGCUCUUGUCUUCUUGCUGUCACAGUGGACAUGCUGCUGGAGAAAGAAAUGGCCGGAAGAGUUCACACAAUACUGAGGUGCUCUGGCCGCAUUUAUUCAUGUGGCAGCUGGGCAAGUUGCUAUUAUUUAAGGGAGAGAUGACACCAAGGGAGGGCUGUGACAAAGAUGUUGCAGAACAUGGUGAUUGAGAACAUCUUAGUUACGAAGGUGGAACCAAAUAAGACAAUAGGCAUUGAGACUCUUGCCAAGAAGAAAAUCAAUGGUGAUUGCUCUAUGGUUCGAGGAAAACUAGUUGUAUGGUGGCCAAGAAGCCCAACCGCUGAUUGCUCAAGAAGGCUGCUUAAGUUUCUCAAAAGCCUACGAGAAGAUCAUGUCACACGUGAAAAUCUAAUUUGUCAAUGGUUAGGCACCUGUGGUAAACGAAACAUUAGUUUCACAAAAGUUGACACUUGAUUGAGAACAAAGAAUCGCUUAAAAAAAAGUUGGCUCUAGGGUGCAUUAGGUUGACACUGCUUAUGAAAUCUCUACAGUGUACAAUGCUCAUCCACAUUAAGCAUUUGGUUUGCAAAUGCAACCAGAGUACAUCUUGAUUUAUUCGAUUUGAACGGCUAGAAAUGGGACCUUAGGAAGGGGUAGGAAUUUCAAAUUUUGGGUGUUAAUCAGCAUGUUUACAGUUCCUGGGUAUCCAUUUGUUUCUUGCAACGAUUAAAUCUAACGUAAAUGUUCUAGACUGCAUUGACUUAAAAUGACUGUUAGAAGACAAGUUGAUGUUGCUCAUGAAUGCCUUCAGCCUAUCUGCUGAUCUUUGUAUUUUCCCUUAAUGGCUAAAAAGGUAUUUGAGAGAUGCCAGAAUAUUGUCGCUCUGAUGUUUGGAAUCUAGUACAGGACGUGAUCAAGAUGUAAUUAAAAAAUAUAUAUUGAGAGGAACUCAUCUCGUGAGCAUUGUAAUCUUUGUUUUUCAAUGUGCACAGAAUUUGUAUAAGACCAGUAAAUCACCCGAGUUAUUUUUGGAUUGCUGACACAACGCCCUUCCAUUGUUCUAAAUGCUCACAUCUUGAAUCUAGGACUUUGUUCUCUGAGUUGAGCUCUCUGGAUCAACCAUCUUAGGGCUAGUGCAGAUGCCUCUAAUUUUCUGAAUCGGCAAGAAAGAUCUGUUGGUAACAGAGGCCUAGGAAUUAUGGCUUACUUCCAAAUUCUCAUGCAUGUUAAUAGUAUGCUGAUGAUUCAUGGGGAGAUAGAAGCGUGUGUCCAGCUAAGGUCAAACAGCUGAGGUCUUUCAGCAAAGUUGGAUAGAAAUGGCAUGCUAUUCUGUCUUAAUGCUAGGGAAUCCAUCCAAGGGCAUGCAACGGAAGUGGGAGUGGCUUUCUUCAAAGUUGUCCUGCAAGUGCUAUGAACUAGUGCUGACUAAAUAUAAUUUACUAGGGUAAAAAUCAGGCUGUCAUCAGAACACCAACUCACGGAGUAGAAUUUCACGGAAAAUACCGCCAUCUUUAGGAGCAUAUUUUGAAAGUGCCAUCACAGCAUUGUACUAUAGGUCUUUAUUUAGCAUUAAAAAAAUUAAAAUGGGAGCUAUUGAUCUGGAUUGCUCCAGUGAGUAGAGGAGAAUACGAUCUUGGUUGCAUUUGGGAGAGCUGGAUACACCUGUCAGCUGCUGAUAUGGCCAGCUUAAUUGAAUCUAGUAUAGGAUAUGUGAUACUAAAAAUUAAUAGUGUAUCGGGAAUUAUGUAUCUGGAUGUUAUAAGGUUGUUGAACAGAAUAGGGCUGAGGUAACCUUCAGUGGCAGCUGCUGCCUGUGUCUACAGAUAUAUUAUUGGGCGACUGAACUUACGUUCUGCCAAAAUUUACAGAAAAAAUGUGAAAUUAGUUGAAGUAGGAGGAGAGAUCUAAAAGGUAUACAGAAGAAGAAAAUGUGAAAUUUUGUUGUCUCUGGGUAUCCUGUUCUUAGGUAGGGUGAAACACAAUAUAGAAUUUUCAUUGACAGGACUGCUCGUCUAGUAAGCCAUUGGUAAUUGUUGCUCUCUCCUGUGCUUACUUCUCGUCAACAGAUCAUUGACUCACAGCAUACAGUUGUUUAUUUCCCAGUGUCCUUUAUUGUCUGAUAAUAAGCUGCAAUGUUCAGCGUGUUGGCUGGAAUACUCAGUGUAGGCACGCUUGUCAAAUACAGGUGCAUACUGCACACUAGUGUACAUUUACACUUCGUAAGUUGUGCUGGCCUUGGUGAAGAAGACAUCAAAAUCACUUGCGUUGUUUAACGUUAUACAAUUGCUAAUGACUGUAUAGUUUGUCGAAAUCUUAAACAUUUUGGGCCUUAUUGCAGGUGAAAUCAUGUGUUAGUGAAGGCAUCCCUGUGGUUCCAAUUCCUGGUGCAUCUGCCUUGCUUACUGCACUUUCAGCCUCUGGCUUGUCAACUGAUGAGUUCACUUUUGGUAUUAAUGAUUGACCAUUGUAUUCUAGGAGCAGCGUACUUUGUAAUAUCUUCAAAUUUUGAUUUCACUUCUUUUGAUGCAGUCGGUUUUCUUCCAAAGCAUGCGGGAUCUAGAAGAGAAAGAUUAACAGCUUCUGCUAAUGAAAAAGCAACACAAGUGUUCUUUGUUCCUCCUCAUAAACUUCAUCAGUUUCUUCAGGAAGCAUCUUUACUUUUUGGUGAUUCAAGGUACAUUGUUGGAUCUUUGCGUUUUUGUUAUCAUUUUUGAAAAAACCUUUCAAAGUUUUUUUUCCUUUCUACAGAGUUCACAGGUUAAAUUUCUAAUAAUGCUACAUUAUGUGUACUUCAUAAUCACUAUGCUCUUGGUCUUUUGUAUGGAUUAUAAUGUGCAUGUUUGACUUCUUGACUUUUAGAAUAAUAUUAUUUUCUUUUCUUAUAAGGGCAUUUUCGUCUUUGCACUCUCUACCCAUGAAAUUUUAUUCUCCUAUAUGAAACUGUGUUGCUGAAUCUGACAUUUUUCCAAAGAACAUUAGCCCUGAUACGACAAGGGAAAUUUUACACAACCUUUUUCUUGAGAAAAUCAUGCUGAGUUUGGAAGGAAUUGAACAGAAAAUUAGCCGGAUGUCUGACUGAUACGUUUUUCUGUUUUUACGAUUUUCUUGCAGAAGAAUAUUCUUAUCGUGUGCAUAGUUAUCAAAUGAUAAAGGCAAUGUUUUAUUGGGUAUCUUUCUGUCACAUUUUUUGGAUGCAUAAUUGAGAAAGCAAAAGAGGUCAAGAAUGGAUUCAUCAUAUUUACAAAUAAUGAUGAUACUGUAACGGAACCAGGGAUAAUAGUAGGAAAAAAUACUGGAUAGAUAGAUGAGAAACCAUCUUCUUUCUGUAAAAAUACUUUUAGAUGAACACUAAUUAGAAACAUAUCGAAAUAGAAAACUUUAAAAAGGUAACUGAUUUGACAUAAAUGUGAACGAAGGCACAUAUUGAAGAAGAAAAUUUUCUAAAGGAAGAUGAGAACCGCACGAGAAAUGAAGCAGCAGCGAAUAAGCUUCUAAAAAGUUUUCACCCAAUGUGCAGCCACUUGCAAUAACUGAAUCCAUUAGAACAUGGAGACCCAAUUGGCCUUAUUCAUGCCAUCUCUGUUUGUAUAUAAAUAGGUGAAAGGAGGGGGGACGCAUGAUUAUUAUAUGAUUCUCUCCUACUUCAGUAUGGUAUUAGAGCUUAGGUUUUAUAAAUUUUUUUGAGCAAUGGCCUCCACCAUUGGCACUAGCCUCAAGCCUCUUCUCUUGGGAGGGUGAGAAGGUUAGUAUCAGCUCACUCUCACUCGCAUAAUAUGUGGCUCCUCCAUGAUAUUAGCAGUACAUUUAUGGUUUCACAUCAUCUUUUCUAAGAAUAGUUCCAAAUGGAGCCUUGCUUCCUCAAGGUCCACCAUCAAUGCCAAGAGAAAUAAAUCUACUAUCAUCCCUCUUAGAAAAUAAUGACAAUGACAUCUGCACUAGCAAAGGAUGAAUUAAACUUUCUCAUAUGCUUGCGUAUUAACCCUCUUAAUCAUCUUACAAAUGAACAUGUAGAUUGGUAUAUAGUAGUGGAAUUGAGAUCCUUUAUGAUGCUGUGCGUUAAUCUUGUCCACGUGUGUUUAUGUUAAAGUUGUGUGCUUACUUGGAAAAUUUCUUUCCUUAUUAUGCUAUUCAAUAAAUAUAAGGACAUUGUAUGCUGUCAUUUUCUCUGUAUAAAAUCAAAAAUCGUACACGGUAAUGAGAAGUGGCAGUUACCCAUUUAUUUAGGCUGUAAAGUUGUACAUAAGAAUUAUUGCCAUUGGAAAAAUUUGCUCCGUUGAGACAUGUAUGUUGAUCCAAUAAUUAGAUCCUUGCCCGCCCACCUUAUCGCCCAGAGGCUAAUUGUUGAUCUAAACAGUAACGAACACGUUUUGAAAUCAAUGGGUCCUGUUUACUUCCUACAUUAAAUGCAUCAUUUUUUUAUAUUUUAUUAAAUUCGGCAGUUCAUUUCUUUUGCUCAAAAAGAUUUUCACGAUAAGUCUGGCAGGAUCAUGACGAUAUGCUUCUUAUGUUGCUGAUAGUUCAUCUUUAACGCUGGGCUCUUCCUGAUGCUUUCCUUCUGAACUUUACAGGUAUUGUGUUAUAGCACGGGAGAUGACUAAAAUUCAUGAAGAGGUGUAUACUUCUGCUUUUUCUCAGUGUUGCUUUCCAUUCUGUUUAACAUUAGAGUUGGCUGUAAGUCUAUGGCUCUAACGUAAUGGAAUUAUAUUUUCCUUAUGAUCAAUUUCCUGGUUUCAACAUGAGGAAGGCCAUCCUUGACCUUGUCCUCAUAUCAUUAUGCUAACAUCAACGACACAGAAUAAUUGAGAAUAGAAACAAUCCUCUCCUAUCAGAUAUCAUCUAGGAUUUGUCCGUAUCUAUGAUUGAGGUGGUGGCUAGAUUCUCUCUGAUGUAAACGAGUGCCACAUUGUAGUCUACUCUCCGAGAAAGUUGUUUGGCCCAUUUAAAUGCAACAAGGUGGCAUGUCCACAUUGUUAUUUCAAAUGGCAUGUGUUGUCACGAUCUGAUUUCCAAAACUCAGUUUGAUUUGUAUAACGUUUGGAAUUCACAAAUCUUGAUCCUCAUGGUUGGAUUAGUCAGCCCAUUCAUGGUUGAUCAGUGCCAGGAAGUGUCUGAUUAUAUGCGAAUCUUGGUCUGCAGAAUUCGCUGAUCCAUACUUGGUUUCAAGAGAGGAAGCACAACUUCCUAGGUGGGUGGGUGUGUAUACAUGUAUUAAAUAUAUAUGUACGGGACAAAAGUCAUCCUUGGUCUAGGUAUCCCAUCCAGUUCCGCUGAACUUGUGCAAUUCCGUGUCAAUGAUGACUUCUGGGCAGCUUAAACUUUUAUUUUUUGGACAAGCCUAAAAUCAAUUUUCGUCAUUGUUAUGGGAUUUCAUGUUAAACUUGGUGACCAGCUGAAAAUUCAAAGAGUGCAUCGUGGAUAAAUUAAAAAUGCACAGUCCUGGUAUCAAGCAUUGGAACAUCUGACAUUAUAUGUUUUGGGCUCGAGUAUUCAAUUAAUAUAUGCAUACAGAUUCCCCAGAUCCAACAUCUAAAAGAACCUUUCCGUUGUUUGGUCCUGGUAUUAAGAAUUGAAAAGUCUGAUGGUACAUGUUUUGAGAUAAAGUAUUUAGUUAGUCUAUGCAUACAUAUGCCCAUAUUGUAACAUACACGUCACCCAUGGACGAUUGACUGGCCUUGCUUAUAUCAUUAAGAGCAGGCUUGUUUCUGAAAACCAUCCCCACAACAUUAUUACCAAUUAGAGCACAACUUGAGUUCAAUCAUAAGUUUACAUGAACUAGUGUAAGAUUAUUAAAAAUCAGGUCUUCAAUUAUGUAAAAGGUUUUUCACAUCAUGCUAAUUGUUUUAGAUUAUUUGGUUCUUAAUACUAUUUAGCUCGAUGUUGAUUGUCAUAUUCCUGCAUCUCUAUGGUAUGUUGAAAUUUCCGGCUUCACAGUUUUGGCGUGGCACCUUGGGGUCGGCAAAUAAAGUAUAUUUAGAUCAUCAGCCAAAAGGAGAGAUUACCGUAUUGAUAGAAGGGAAGAAAACCUCUGCCACCGAAAUUCCAACUGAAACCGAGCUGGAGAGCAAUUUAAGAUACUUGAUCUCCAGUGGGCAUAGUCUUUCUGAGGUAUAUUCAUUAUUCUCCAUACCUUAGUCAUAGCGUUCUUAGUUUUUCGUAUUCUUUCUUUAUUUGGCAAGAUUUUUUCACUUCACGCAAUUGAACAAGGGCUUCACAAUCAUAUUUUCUCUGUAGUUAUUUCUGUGUGUGUCUACCCAGAGCAUAUAAUGGAUCCAUGUCCUGCCUAAAUUUGCUGCCUGGCUUUAGGAAGCAUUCUUAACCUUUUUCAUUUUCGAUGAAGAAUAGUUUGUUCUCUGUAAUUAUAAACAUGCAUGACAAUGGCAAGAAUCUGGGCUAGUUACAGAAUGACAAGAUCUAUAAACGUGAUGUGCAUAGCUUAUUAGUGCCAUGGUACAGGUUAACACUAUCGCUCUAAGAAAGGUUCAGUGUAGAAAACUUCUCUCUUGUCUCAUCAUUAUCGUUUGUACUCUCUUUUUUGUUUUUUCGUCCAAGUUAGCCUCUUCUAGUUGUCCUCUGAUGCAGAGGGCCCAGAGGACCCAGAGGAACGCGCAUCCAAUGAAAUUAUAUGCUCCAGUUAGCAGUUCUUGGGCUUUCCAAGAGAUGUUCAAAGGCAGUAGAUAUUGUCCAUUUUAAUCUCUUACUCUGUAAAAUGUUAUCAUCUAAAUUCAGCAGCAUCUACAAUCACGCAGAAAUCUCUCUCAAGGAGAAUCAAUCAUGAUUUAUCUACUUGCUGCUUGUGAACAAAAUGCAUAAAAUAUUACUUGAAAAUUUCAAGAAAGUCCAAUUCAAUGGAGGGGUUCGCUCUUAUUUUAUCUAUAACAACAAAUACUGAUUUGCCCUCAGGCAGUAAAGCUGGUCGCUGAAGGAACCUCUUCAAAGAAGAAGCAAGUGUAUUCACUUGCCUUGAAGAUCUUUGGAAAGCAAACUGACGCUGAACAUCCUUCGGGUAAACCGUAG